AGGAUGUGUGUGUGCACGUAGCCGAGUGGGCGGUUUCACUUCGAUUGUCAAUCUUUUAUCGCUUCUCUGUGUGUCACCAACGCUGUACUCUUUUCUCCACACUGCACCAUCAACCUCGAGGGACCAUAGGGGGGCACACAGCGACGCAGGGGAACUGAAAUGUAAAUGGGCAACGAUUGAUCAUAACCCUCGGACUUGUCAGCCUUUCAUUUCCAGCCGAGUCGCGGUGAGACAGCAGAAACAUAUGGCUCCCUGAAAUAGCUGCUGCCGACCAUAUUGAACUGCAAUUGAUUCACGCCAGAGGGUCAAUAGUGUUAUAAGAUAAAAGCCGGAAAGCUUCCACUCGUGACUAUAGUUUCUAUGAAAUACAUGUUAUUUUUAUACCGGUUUUUGUGCUUUCUUCGUUUUUGUACGCUUUCGGUGAUCCCGCGCAGCUCCCCUUUCUAACACCCAUCAUAACAAGACUCGGUUUAGCUGGUUGCUUGCUCGGCGAUAAAUUAAAUUAGAUGAAUAAUUCACUCAGAGGAUAGAGGAGUGCGUCGUUUAGCCCAGUCACUCUUCACCGGCGCCCGUUCGUCCCAGUUUGCCUCGGGAUUGGGUCUCUUCGCCACCGGGAGUUCCCCUACCUCGGCUCGGUCUCGUCGUUGUUCUUCCCGGUGACCUGCAGAAGAGCGAGCUCGCGCUCCUCGCUAACAGAUCAUGUCGGCGGAGUCUGUGUUGAUCCCGGACGACCGGGCAUUCAGCAACUUCAAGGAGGAGUGCGGGAGCGAGGAGGGCUGGAGUCUGACCUACAACAAAACUGGCAUGACCGUGUGGACCCAGACUAUAGGAGGAGACGAGGAGAAGUCACUCCACAAGAUUAAGUGUCGGAUGGCGUGUAAGGACGUGCCAGCUGAGACCAUGUAUGAUGUUCUUCAUGACAUCGAGUACCGGAGGAAAUGGGACGCAAACGUCAUCGAAACCUUCGAUAUCGGAAAACUCACUGUUAACGCAGACGUGGGCUACUACUCCUGGAAGUGUCCCAAGCCGCUGAGGAACCGUGACGUCAUCACGCUGCGCUCCUGGCUGCCCAUGGGCAGUGAUUACAUCAUCAUCAACUACUCUGUCAAACAUGCAAAAUACCCCCCUAAGAAGGACAUGGUACGAGCGGUGUCCAUCCAGACUGGCUACCUGAUCCAGAGCCAUGGACCGGACCACUGCACUCUUACCUACCUGGCACAUGUGGAUCCAAAAGGUUCACUACCCAAGUGGGUUGUUAACAAGUCUUCCCACUUUCUGGCUCCCAAAGCGAUGAAGAAGAUCAGUAAGGCGUGUCUAAAGUACGGAGAGUGGAAGCAGAGACACAACCCAGGCUUUAAGCCCUGGCUCUACCCUGAGCAGACUACACUUCCCACAAUCCCUGUGUCCGAGCUUAGCAUCCAGCACGCAGACAGCCUGGAGAACAUUGACGAGAGUACACUCAGCGAGAUGCAAACGCGGGAGGAGAGAGACAGCGACUAACAUCACACAUAACACACUCUGUUUUUCCUCUCCAGUCAGUCUCUUUGUCCUGAAUCACUGCCCUUAUUGUUCAUUAUAACAUGUGUCUCUGGAUCACAUUGGCUGUCUCCUGUAAAGAAUCCUGAACACACACACACCGGUCCGCUCUCUGUUCCUCAACACUACAGAUGUAUGAAUGUAUGUAGAGUUCAAUCUUAAAUACAGAUUCCUACAAAGGUUUUCAUAUUUCA